AUCCAGUUCAUCCACCACAUCGUUUCCGCAUCUCACAGCCCUCCAUAUUCCUCCCACAGCCUUAUCAACAUCAAUGCCCAAGAUGGAUUUCCACCAAUACAGCAGCUGGGCGGUGAAGCGCAGCCUUGUGCUCAGUUCGAUCGGAAUAAUCUGGUCUGAGACAUCCCCGCCGUAUUUGCGAUGUUAUCAGGUAGGCGUUCUUCGAGGCGUUUGGUCCAAGUCCAUGUUUCUUCUCAAGCGACAGCAAGAUUUAUGUUCGAUGUUGUUGAGUUAUUCUUCUCAAAGUUCUCUCGCGUGAUACUUCUAAUCUUCUACUUCCUAUUUGAUCUCUUGUCAUCUGCGGUACACACUCUCGUCGGACGCCCUGAAGGGCGCACGAUAGUUUCUGUCAUUAUGAUGCAUACGGCAACUUUAUCGACCUUUGGCCGUUCUAUCCAUGCGCACACACAAUCUGUCCACAUUCCGACUAGUAUGUCGAGGGAAUUUCAGAUGGUUGCCAUCGUUUUCGCUGGGAUCCGCCCAACUGGCCGUGUUCAGUUCACCAGUGCGAGUUCAACCACGAGCAAUUCGCUAGAAAGCAAAAAAAAGAAGUUGGCGAAGCAAAAGAAAGUCGCUGGUGACAAGCCCCUGAAGAUUCCGAUGCCUGGAAGUUGGACAGAAUGAAUGGAAGGAUCUGGCCGUGGUACAUCAGAAAAAGCCGUGGGGAUGAGGAUCUAUGGAGAGUACGGCGUAUGGAUAAUGGAGUUGGUGGGCAAAAGGAUAGACUA